AUGCGGGAAAGGACAACAAUAAGAGGAAACGCACCACAAAAAGGACUACAAAUAGUUUACACCGCUACGUCGAGUAUCGGGCCCGUAAACAACGACGUGGCGGAAGGCACGUUGUCGGAGGUGCCAAGGACGGCGGCGAAGCGCGCGAACAAGAAGGAGAGGGCGGGAGGGCGAGAGGGCGAGAGGCAUCACGAGCGAGGUCCGAAGAUAUUACGAGAAACGGCGGCGGGGGCGAGGAGGUCGGUGGCACCGGGUCCAACGAUGAGGAAGCCAGAGAGUGGUCAUGGCGGGAAGCGGGAGGGUGAGAGGGCGACAGGCAUCGCGAACGAGGUCCGAAGAGAUUACGAGAAACGGCGGUGGGGGCGAGGAGGUCGGCGGCGCCGGCGCCAACGGCGAGGAAGCCAAAGAGAGGUCAUGGCGGGAAGCGCGGACGAGCAGGGAAGCGUGCUAACGAGCAACGAUGGGAACCGGCGCGAACGGGCGAGUCACGCGGUGAUGGCGGCAAGAUCCGGACAUCGUACCCAAAUUGGAGGCAGUGAGCGGAAUGUAUCGGAGGGAGCGCGGAACGUGGAUAGGACAUCCGACGCAUCCGAUGACAUUCCGAAAGGCCCCCAUAAGGAGCGAGCCCAUUCAUAG